AUGACUAACCGAGUUCAGGACAAGGCCCACCGGUACAUUGUGGCCUUAGAUGACGCGCGCUGUCAGGAUAAGUGGGACGAAGUCCCCGAACUGAUCCGGAAGGUCACCAAGCAUGCACCACAUGAGACAUGCCUUAUAGAGACGGCAACUGCGGAACUCCAGGUAGUUGCUCACGUCAAAAAGAAGCCCUUGGCUCUCAAAGCGACCAAUUCAACUUCUCCUGCCCCAUCCAAUCUCUGGGAAUUGAUACCCUCGCUACUCUCUACCGUUGAUAAAGCAGGUAACUCAGAGCAGGCUGCACUCCAAGCGCAGGUCUGCCUUGGAUGGGUGCACUGGACGCUUAAUGAACCGGGUCUUGCGGCUACCCGCCUUCCUAAAGAUUUCGCAGCGACGGUAGACAGUCUCUCGACUAGCAAAGAGAGUUUAUCCCCAUGGACUGAGGUGUGUCUAGUUAAGGGCUGCUACAUCAAAGGGACCGCACAGUCCAUCACCUCAAAUGUCGCAGAGGCCUUGGAGACGUUUGAAUCUGUUAUACCAUGGGUAAACAGUCGUCUCCCUGCAUCCUUGACCAAUCCGCAAUUCUUACAUUGGUCCGAUAAGCUUUUAUCCAGAGGUGCUAUUGUAGCAGGAAAUGAGGUUUGCGCCAAGGCGCCUCGUGUCGAUGAUAAUCUUGUGGAGCUCGCGUUGAAACUUUUCAGAUUAUGGUCAGCUCAUCCCAACGUGAGACAGGGAGCUGUUCCACUCGUCACUGAAAUUGAAGGCCCUGCAGAACCUGCCUCAGCAGCUGCCACUUGGAAGUCGUACUAUAACCUUUUGAGCACCAUUUUACAACAGGGUCUGCUAUACAUUGCCCCGGAAAAUGGACCGGAACGCCCGCAGCUUGCAAGGGAGUUUCGACAUGUCGAGUCAAUGAGCGAGACUAGUCUUCUGCGCGAAGAGAAGUUUCCAAUGGCCAAUGCCCACAAUCCGCAUGUGGAAAUGUGGGUUGAGCAAGUCAUCCGAAACUGGGAAAUCCUGUGUGGUCCACAGUGGACUGACGAGGAUCUUGGGGAUGGGGGUCAGAAUGCCAUGGGACGAAACGUGCUGGAUAUCUUGUAUCGUGCAGCAUCGAAGACUUACCAUUCCCACAAUAUACUUCGACGUCUAUUUCACGUCCAUUCAUCACUGGCAAAUUUUGAUCUAGCCAUGAAAGCUCUUGAUUCCUAUAUCGAAAUUGUCACAGGUGCCAAAGACAGAGCAGAGAAGUCGGCAGAGUACGGAGAAUUAGAAAGUGACGGGAUCUUUCUACAAACCCUCUCUGAGGGAGUUUUCACCUUGUGCUGUUUUGGCUCGUUUGAAGAAGCUGAAAAGGCUAAAAGCUUGACUGAGCAGUUAAAAAAGCAUGUCAGCAAGCAUGUCCGGCAGGAUGAGAACAGCCAUGAAGGUAAGAAAUUAGAAUUGCUAGGAACGGGCUCUUCUAGUUCUCAGAACGUUUCUCCUUCCAUACUCGCGAUGACUUUCAGAGCCAUUGGCGUCGGACUGGCCAACUGGGCUAGCUGGACUCCCAUAAACGAAUCUCGAAAUGAUAUUCGAACGGAGGCCAUCGGGUAUCUGGAAAAUAGCAUUUCUCCAGAGUUAGAAAACGAGUUUAACUAUUCGUCUUUAUACACAUUGGCUGUGCUUCUAGCAGAGAAUCGAGACUUGGAUGGUGCAAUUGACUAUGUCAAGUCAGCACUAGCAUGGAAUAGCCAGUCUGCCAUGAACAUUGUCCAAGCUGACCUUUCCAGGCAACGGGAUCUCGUUGCCUUGUGGCAUCUACUCGCCCUACUACUGAGCGCAAAGCAGGAAUUUGGCAUUGCCGAACGUGCUUGCGAAGCUGCCUUCGAGCAGUUUCCAAGCGCACUAACAUCCUUCGGCCUGAAUGAAAAGCCAUCCCCGGAGCAACUACAAGAUCCAAACGAACGAUACAAUAUAACAGGCCUAAAGAAUACCCUGAUCGAACAACUACGAGGGCGUGAAAAGGAGCGAAUCAUUGAGACCCGCAUGACACAGCUUGCUUUUUUUGAGCUUUUGGAGGGUCCGGAGGCUGCUCUUAACCACAGCGACCACCUACUAGGCCUUUUUGCCGUUCUAUUUCCAGAUCUGGAUCAGGGGACUAAGCCCGAAAAGAAAGCGAAAGAAGGCCAAGACCAAGAAUUACUCGUUCCGCCGAAGAGCUCUUCCGGCACGAGGAGUUUGCGCGGCAGCGUGUUUGGGCGACAUCAUAAAAGCCAUCGUGCCCCAGGGAGGAGAGCUCGUUCUAUGAGCUCGAUCCGUGACCGUAUGAGUCCAACUCCUGCUAGGAGUCAGAAGGAGCAGUCUCCCGAACCAACCGUAACAGCCGAUCAGACUGUCGAUGGUGCUACAGCUUCAACAGAUCUUGGGAGGUCAGAUUCAACGCGACAUAAGUUGCGAAAACGUGGAAGUCUCAAAAGAUUAGGUUCUCGUCGGAGUCAAAAUACACAUCAUAUCAAUGGCAAUGACACGAAUGGCUUUGAAGCUCCAGAAUCUCUGCAAGAACCGAGCGGGGAAGAAAUUCCUUCAGGACAACUAGCCGAGCCUACCGUGUCAAAUGCUCAUCCGACAGCUCAGCUUGAGAGUGCCAAACAACCUCUACCCCCUAUUGCUCACAACUUAAAACACUCACUGCAACCUGCUCCAAUUGGCCACGCUAAACAACCUCCAGAGCAGGACGUUCGAUUGCCAGUCUCGUACAGAUACGAUUCUCCCACCACAGCCGUUACCAGAUUUCCCACCACGCAGGCUCAGAAAUAUGCUCUUGGUAUUCUUGUGAAAAUCUGGCUAUUCGUUGCUGGUCUCUACCGACGAGCAUCGUUAUUCGAAGAUGCCGAAGAAGCAUGCGAGGAAGCCUCCAGACAGGCCGCGAAGGUGGAAGCUUUAGUGGCAUCGCAUGAAUCGUCAGCAAGGUCGUUCUCUGCACGUGGUUGGGGCGGAGGGAAGAGCUCCGAAGAACUCUGGGGUGACGUCUAUGCCGAAAAAGGGUUCUUAGCACAGACUAGAUCGCGUCCCCACGAAGCUAUAGAGCUCUUCGAAGAAGCCCUGGUUCGAGAUCCCGAUCACCCAAAGGCCACUAUCGGAUUGGCCAAUUUACUCCUUGACAUAUGGGAUCAGAAGCUUCCUGCAGAGCUUCCGCAGCCGUCGUUGGAAUAUGACCUGCCCCCUUUUUACCUAUCAGACCCGGCAAAACUGGAUCAUCAUUCCAAGUCCCACCCAGCAAGCUCUACAGAGAAACCAGCCUCCACUAAUGGAUGGCAACAAAAUGGGUCGGACAAGCUCUCCGUACCAAAGGAUGAUGAGCCCAAGUUCCUCAGUCGUCUUGCCGCUCGUGAUCGGGCUUACGGCCUUCUCUCGGCUUUGACAAAGCGCGGAAGCUCCUGGGAUAAUUCCGAAGCGUGGUAUGCACUGUCUCGGGCGUACGAGGCGGGAGGUCAGAUCGAGAAGCUGAAGGAGGUCUUGUGGUGGUGUAUUGAGUUGGAGGAUCGACGGCCUAUUCGACACUGGUCGAACAUCGGGUCUGGUUUAUAUGUGCUGUGA